AUGGCUGAAGCACUCAUUUCCGUGCUCCUAGAACAGUUGGCCUCAAUCAUCAAAAAACAAGUAGAACAAGAGUUCAGACUAGUUGUGGAUGUUAAGAAAGAAGUGGAGAAACUCACCCGCAAUUUCCAAGCUAUUCACGUUGUGCUCGAGAAUGCAGAGGAGAGGCAAAUGAAGGAGGUGGACGUGAGAUACUGGCUGGACAGUUUGAAGGAUUUAUCCUACGAGAUGGACGACGUGUUGGACGAGUGGAGUACUGAAAUUCUGAAACAACAUAUUCAGAAACAAGAAAAACAAGCUGGUAAUGCUGGUAGUACAAGUACUACGAAGAAGGUAUGUUUCUGCAUUCCUGCCCCUUGGUUUUGUUUUUGCCAUCAAGUUGUUCUUCGUCUUCACAUUGCUAUGAAGAUAAAAGAACUAAAUGAAAGAUUAGAUCAGAUUGCUAGUGAAAGACAUAUCUAUAAGUUUCGACCCACGAAAAGAGGAAUUGAACAAAUUGAACGAGAAAAAAGUUCUUCUUUCGUUGAUCAGACAUUUGGUCGUGAAGUCGAAAAGGACACAUUAGUAAAAAGGUUGUUGAGUGAGAGUGGUCAAGCAAGGCCAAACUUCCUUGUCAUCCCAAUUGUAGGGAUGGGAGGAAUUGGUAAGACAACUCUUGCCCAACUUGCAUAUAAUGACGAAAGGGUUCAAGCCCAUUUCGACAAUAGAAUAUGGGUUUGUGUCUCAGAUCCUUUUGAUGAGAUCAAAAUUGCCAAAGCCAUCAUUGAGGGUCUGAAAAAAGAGACCCCAGCCUCAAAUGAGUUGCACACUCUAAAGUCCAUCAUAGAUGAGUCCGUUAAGGGCAAGAAGUUCCUUCUCGUCCUAGAUGAUGUGUGGAACCAAGACUAUAGUAAGUGGAAACAAUUAAUGCUACCUUUACAAAACGGGGCUGUGGGUAGUAGAAUAUUGGUGACCACACGAAAAGAGGAAGUUGCGAGGAUGGUGGUGGGAGCAUCCACUGAUAUUGUCAAUUUGGAGGUGUUGAGUGAAGAAAAGUGUUGGGCAUUGUUCUAUCACAUUGCACUGGCUGAUAGAGAAAAAAAUGAGUCUAAAGUGUUAGAAUUUACUGGUAAAGAAAUUGUCAAAAAGUGCAAGGGCCUGCCCCUUGUUGCAAAGACAUUGGGUGGUCUCAUGCGAUACAAGGAAACGAGGAAAGAAUGGGAAGACGUUUUGAAUAGUAAGAUAUGGGAGUUAGAUGUGGUUGAGGAACAAGUUUUCCAAUCACUGUUACUAAGUUAUUAUGAUUUGGCCCCGGCAAUCAAACGUUGUCUUUUGUAUUGUGUUAUUUUCCCAAAAGAUUAUAACGUUGUCAAAGAUAACUUGAUUGAGUUGUGGAUGUCACAAAAUUAUCUUGAUUCAAUUGGAAACAAAGAAAAAGAAGUGGUAGGCGAAAUGUACUUUGAUAACUUAGUAAAGCACUCUUUCUUUCAAGAAUUUGAGAAAGAUGAACUUGGAAAUAUAACGGGGUGCAAGAUGCAUGAUGUUGUGCAUGACUUUCUACAAUUUCUAACUAAGAAUGAAUGCUUAGUUUUGGAGGCUGAGGGUGGUAAUAAUAAAAGAAUAAUGGAGUUUGAUGGAUAUAAGAAGGUUCGUCAUUUGACAUUAAGGUUUGCACCUGAAGGUCCACUAAUUCCGAGUUCCUUGUGCAAUUGCAAGAAUUUACGGACUCUUACAACUUUUGAUUCAAAGAUUACUAGUUUUGUUCGAAAGUUAAUUUCACAAGUAAAAUGCCUUAGAACGUUGAAUCUGAGUUUUAACUCCAUAAAAGAAGUUCCGAAUGAGGUUGGGGAAUUGGCACAUUUGAGGUAUUUUGAUUUGUCUUAUAAUGAAGAUUUGAUGAAAUUGCCAGACAGCUUGUGUAAUUUAAUGAAUUUGCAAACCUUGAGACUCAUUUGGUGCAGAGCACUUGAAAGAUUACCUGAAGGCAUGGGAAAGCUAAUUAACUUGCGGCAUCUUUAUGUUAUGGGUUGUCUUCGUCUAAAGUUGCCCAAGGGGAUUGCAAGGUUAACAAGUCUACGAACGCUAGAUCAAGUUCGCAUCCUUGACGUUGAUAACAAGAAGGAAGCAUUAUUCGAGUUAAGUGAUUUGAGAAACUUGGACCAGCUUCGUGGGAGUUUUCGAAUAGAAUUUCCGGAGGAUCAGAAGGACGCGAGGCAGGCCGAGGAAGCGCAUUUGGUGAACAAAAAUUGCCUUGUCAGUCUAGAAUUGCGCUUCUCUUAUGGUGGAACAGAUGAGAUUCCUCUUAAGGCAUGCCAGGAAGAAACACUGAAUGCCUUACAACCACCUCCAAAUCUGGAAUCAUUCUCUAUCUAUCACUAUAGUGGCACCACACUCCAGCGCCAUUGGAUGACGUCGUUAAACAAAUUGAGAAGCCUUUACCUCGGAUUUUUCAAUUCUGUUGAGUUUUUGCCUCCUUUGGGGAGAUUGGAGUCCCUUGAAGUACUGGAGAUACAAGAUUGGCCGAGCUUGAAAAAAGUAGGAGUUGAGUUUUUGGGAAUAGAUGGAUUAAUGUUCAACUCUUCAUCGUCAUCGUCAUCCUCUUCAUCUCGAAUUAUUUUAUUCCCAAAUUUGAAAACACUUGUAUUCUACUACUUGCCGGAGUGGGAAGAGUGGGAAGGAAUGACAGGGUGGAGCGAAGAAGAGGAUUCUCAAAAGACAAUUACAAUAAUGCCCUGCCUUUCUUCCUUACGAAUUGGUUAUUGUGGUUUGCUUAAAACACUGCCCAACUUCUUACGAAAUACACCGCUCAAGGAGCUUGUCAUGGGUUUCGACUGUCGGAUUCUUGCACAAGGUUGCCGAAAAGGCAGAGGAGGAAGAGAGUGGCCCAAGAUUUCUCACAUCCCAAACAUCCAAGUUUGGAUCGGACGAAGUAGUGAAUUUGUACAAAAAGACGGAGUUUGGAUCGGACAACAACAAACUGAUGAUGAUGAGAGCUAA